UUUAGUGGUCAAUAACUUUACCCUUCUGGAUUUUUUUUUAUAUUUGCGAAGAAAAGUACAAAAUUCGUGUAUUAGAAUAUAUGUUGAAGGUUUUGUUGUAUUGCCAGAUGCAUAUAAAGUGCACUGCUCCCUUCACACCCAGUGUGCACCCAGAUCAAAAAUAGCCCAGUAUUUUACAGGGAUGAAGGGGAGCGUGUCGCCGGCUGCCGUACACGCUGCUCAGUGACGCGCCUUGCCGGUGUCCCUUAGCGGAAACAUUGCUCGCCUCUGCUGCUGCUGCAAAUCCAACAUGGUCCACGCAGGGAAGCAGGAUGAAGGACAACGAUGGGACGUGUAAUGCAUCCAUCGCCAGCGGCAAUAUUUGGAGCGGCUGAAUCCCAGCAUCAUGCCGAAACCCUCCCAUAGCUGUUGUAGUUUUUGAUCAUUAUUUCCAGGUCAGGGUCUCGGUUUCCUGUGCGGCUUGUUUGUAUUAAAGAUGGCCGGUGAUGGAGGCGCCCUAAAGGAUAUUAAUGAGAUUAAAUCCCAAUUCCGGACAAGGGAGGGUUUCUACAAACUGCUUACCCUGUCGGACUCACAGCAGCGGGGCGGUAUUCCACGGGGUCUGUCCACGAGUGCCGCGGUGGGUCCCGGGGCCGGACCGGGUUCGGUACCCGGUGGUGGCGGCGGAGGGCCGGUUCAGGGGCCCGGGGCUACCUCCUCUGCCACUGCCGCAGCCAACUCCUCUCCGACCGGUUUCCUGCCCCCGGUCCGGGUGUCUAUGGUGAAGCUUCAGCCAGAAGAUCCCAGUGAGGAAUCGGAACGAGUUUGCUUCAAUAUCGGCAGGGAACUUUAUUUUUAUACCUACACGAACAUCAAGAAGGCUGUUGACCUCAGCAAGCCUAUUGACAAACGCAUCUACAAGGGGACCCAGCCCACUUGCCAUGACUUCAAUCAGUACUCAGCCACUGCCGACAGUGUGUCGCUCAUUGUGGGCUUUUCUGCCGGCCAGGUUCAAUACCUGGACCCCAUCAAAAAGGAGACUAGCAAGCUUUUCAAUGAGGAGAGGUUAAUAGACAAGUCCAAAGUGACAUGUCUGAAAUGGCUGCCCAAAUCGGAGACACUUUUCCUGGCCUCUCAUGCCAGCGGGCACCUCUACCUGUACAACCUGGAGCACCCUUGUGGCACGGCUGCGCCCCAGUACUCCCUACUGCGCCAGGGGGACGGCUUUGCCGUCUACGCCUGCAAGACGAAAACGCCACGCAACCCGCUGCUUCGUUGGGCGGUGGGAGAAGGGGGACUCAAUGAAUUUGCCUUCUCUCCUGAUGGCGUCCAUGUUGCAUGUGUAGGCCAAGAUGGAUGUCUGCGAGUGUUCCACUUUGACUCCAUGGAACUGCAGGGUGUCAUGAAGAGCUACUUUGGGGGACUUCUGUGCGUCUCCUGGAGUCCCGAUGGCAAGUACCUGGUUACAGGCGGUGAAGACGACCUGGUGACCGUCUGGUCCUUCGCCGAGAGUCGUGUUGUAGCCAGAGGCCACGGCCACAAGUCCUGGGUUAACGUGGUAGCCUUCGAUCCUUUCACCACCAGCCUGGAAGACGAGGAGCCGACAGAGCUGAGCGGCAGCGAGGAGGACCUGCAGGGGGCGCCACACUUCGGCCGGGUACGCACCAGCAGCACGCUGUCCCGCCUGUCCCGGCAUAGCUCCAAGGGCGGAACGACCUCCGUCACCUAUCGUUUCGGCUCAGUCGGACAGGAUACGCAAUUCUGCCUGUGGGAUUUAACAGACGAUGUGCUGUACCCCCGCCUGCCCUUGUCGCGCGCCCUCACCAACACCUUCAGCACCACCAUCCCGCCAUCAGUCAGCGGAGGUAGUAAUACGUUGGGCGGAGGUGGAGGCGGUAUAACCGGGGAAGGCCACCUUCAUCCUACUCACCCUCACCAGCCUCCCCCGUUACCCCGGUCCCUCUCCCGCUCCAACUCCUUGCCCCACCCCGCAGUUGCCAACGCCUCCAAGGGUCAGGGCGGCACCGACGGCGGUGGCAGCGGAGGCAGCGGCAUCACUCCCUUCAGCAUCGGCCGCUUCGCCACGCUGUCCUUGCAGGAGCGCAAGUCGGACAAGUUGGGCGGGGGCAGCGGGGGGGCGGAGAAGGAGCACAAGCGCUACCACAGCCUGGGCAACAUCAGCAAAAGCAACGACAAAAUCAACAUGGCGCCACGGAGUAACCGCCUGGACGCCACCAAGGUCCUGGGCACCACGCUGUGCCCGCGUAUGCACGAGGUUCCGCUGCUGGAGCCGCUGGUGUGCAAGAAGAUCGCCCACGAGCGACUGACUGUGCUCGUGUUCAUGGACGACUGCAUCAUCACUGCCUGCCAGGAGGGCCUCAUCUGUACCUGGGCGCGGCCUGGCAAAGCGAACUUGACAGCACAGAAUGGGAACUCUCCCAGUGGCACUGUGGUAUAGCUGGAGAUAGAACACUGUACGUAUCACAUGCCCCUCCCCCGCUCCUGAUUGGUGGACUUAGGAUACGGAACUCGGCCCAUGAGCGCAGCACGAGCCAAUGGCGGCUGUCGAUCAGUAUGGUGUCCCGCCCCGUGUCAUUCCUCCAAGCCCUCCUGUCUGGUCCUUAAUACUUCAGAAAGACUACAGGAUGAAGCACAGACUACCAUCCUUUCCUGGAGCUUUGGGUCGGGCCACAGUGUUUCCUUUUCAAACACCACAAAAGCCACGACUGUUGUACUUUAUUUAUUUUAAACUAACAGACUGUAGUAAUUUAUAUUGUACAUAUUCAGAAUACCCUAUAAAUAAAGAGGACUAGAUGUAUCAAGAUAAUGAGUUAAAGAGGAAGCAAAAUGUUUAAUAUAUUAAGAUCCUAUAUUGUAUAUAGCAACACUGUUAAAUUAAAUGUUUGCAUUUAGGGAAUUUAAGAAAUAGUGUCUGUGUGUAAUAACUGUCAUAUUCAUUAAAGCAAAUAUGUAGUAUGUUUCGAGACCUGUGAAUCCUGGAUUUCCAAGCAUGAUGUGAGUGACACACAUAAUAAUGGCAUACAAAGUAAACUUUUCUUGACUGCUAUGCUUAUAUAAAGGGACUUACAGUGCUGUUCAGUCAAAUUGAACGCAGCUACAUACCAGAAUUCUGUACACAUUGCAUUCUUUCCUUGACCAUUCCUCCUGCAAAAUGUUACACUUGAAUCAUUGACUUUCUGUUGGACUGGGAGUCUAGCACUGUGGCAGCCACUUUGCGACGCCCCAAUCUGACAGGAAAUGUGCACAGUCAAUGCUCAAUGUUUACCAAUCAUUCUAAGCACGGUGUGUAUCUUCUCCACUUCCCCAGCAAGCCUCUUAGGACAAAACAUUUCAGACCGUCUUGGUUUUACUAGAAGGUAUUCUAAUGACAAACCAGAAAACAGUCAACAGGAAAAUGAAUCAGUCUUGCAAGUUGUAGUGAUAAAGUGACAAUUCAGCCUGCCUGGUCAACGUAGAUGUUUGUGGUAAACUAGAAGAGUACUCUGUAUGUUCUGUAGGUCUAUGUGCAAUUGAGUAGAGAGCCAGAUCAACCACUAAAUCUUUCUACUCCAAUCUUUUUGAUACACAUUGUUGGCUACCCCUAAAAUGUGAUAUUAUCCUCUUUACUUUUCAAUUAGUGCAGGAAUGACAUCUCACCAUUUAGUGUAAUGAGGAACAAAUAUUUUAUUUCUUUAUUUUUCCUUCUAACAAUAUACAACUCAUCUGUAGCAUGUAUGAUUUUUUUGUAUUACGGUGUGCAUUUUACUCACAGUAACACUGAAGUAAUGAAGUGGCAGAGACACAUGUUUGUAUAUGAAAAUCUGUUAUUAAAACUAUUAACUCUACUAAUUAUUCUGUGGUUUAAAUGAAUUAUGUUCCUUUGUCACUAAUUAGAUGACCAAGUGUAAAAGAGAACAGUUAGAAAACUUGUGUUGCAACCUUUACUGGUUAGAGUAAUUCCUCUUCCUUGAACAGGGUAGCUCUGAUAAGUGUCUUACACAAUUUUUGACGACACAUUAUAUGAGCUGUUGGAUUGGGAAAAAAGGCUAAAAGGAAUUAAAUGUAUGCUCUUCUUUCAAUAUCUUUGAUAUGUUUAUUUAUCUAGCUUCAAACCAAUGACGUGAGUUUGCUGUCAGCAAGAGAUGACUGUUGUAAGCAAAAUUCUUUUUGUUUAGUGUACUUUGGUCCUCAUUUUGGUAAACGAUUAACAAAAUGUAAAAAAUAGAAAUGAAAUCCAAAGUAAUUACUUCAUUAUUUUUGGUGAUGACCAAACUUGUCUUACAAGAAACGUGUAAGGUGAACGCAUACUUAAUUUAGCCGAACUUGAGCAAUUCCACCUGCACGCACUUCAUCGUAAUGCAUUUUUUUAGUUGUUGCUAUCGUAUCGCUAGCUAGCUAAUUGUUGCUACCCCUGAAAGACACAUUGCUAUGAUAUCUUUAUUUUAUUUUUUUGUUAUGUGGGAUGAGGUUUUACUUUGCUGUACAGUUACUGUACAGGUACAGUUCUGUGUGACUGUCGAUGUGUUCUGAAUGUGCUGUUCCACUGCCUACAGAGCCUCGUACUGCUUGGUAGCUAUUUUGUCCAUUUCUAAUGCAAACAUUCUCUAACCAGUGGGAAAUGCACAUGUUUCCUGCAAAAGGGUGACUUCUAGUUCUGGUUUGUUCUGGUUUUUUUCCUGGCAAUUAAAUAUUGUCGUUAACCCUGA